AUCGCAAAAAAAAAAAUUUUUGCAAAAUUCUUAUUUUUUCUUUGACCAAAACCUGUUAGGACAUAAAAUUUAUGCGAAUUUAUAAAUAACGAUAAAAAAUAUCAACAAAGAAAUUUCUCGAAAACAUUAGAAUAUUUUUGUCAGUUUUUGGAGGUAAUAUCAGACGAUGGAGGGUCAACAAUCGGAAAUUCUGGAUUUUUACAAAGACAAAAGUAUCCUAUUAACUGGAGGGAGUGGGUUCAUUGGACAAAUUAUCAUCGAAAAGUUGCUCAGAUGUUGUGACGUGAAGGAAAUUUAUCUGCUGAUUCGCGCGAAAAAGGGAAAAACUUGGCAAGGUCGUGUUCGGGAGAUGUUAAGAGAUCCAAUUUUCGAUCGUUUGAACAAAGAAAAACCGACAGCAGUUGAAAAGCUCAAAGGAAUCGAGGGAGAUUGUGCAUUGCCAAGCUUGGGCAUGAGCGACAAUGAUCGCAAGGUGUUAACCGAGAACGUUCAAAUCGUCAUACAUGGAGCGGCAACAGUUAAAUUUGACGAGCAUCUAUCUGUGGCUAUGCAAAUUAACGUAAAUGGCACGCAAUCCCUCAUCGAGUUAGCGAAGCAAAUGCAACAUUUAAUUACCUUCGUAUACGUAUCGACGGCAUACUCGAAUUGCAAUCGUUUUAAAAUAGCCGAGAAAAUUUAUGAGCCUCCGAUUUCUCGAGAAGCGGUCGAGAAGUACGUCAGCAACUUGUCUGAAGAAAAACUGGAUGUCGCUCACACCGCAAUCUUGUCGGGAUUUCCAAAUACGUACGCUUUAACAAAGUGUCUUGCGGAGCAAGUGAUUACCCAGUACGAGCAUGACUUGCCAAUUGUGAUAUUUAGACCGGCAAUUGUGAUGCCGACAGCUGAGGCGCCCGUUCCUGGAUGGAUUAACAAUUAUUACGGACCGAUUGGGAUCGUUUAUGGCGUUUGUUUGGGCGUGCUGCACGUUUUUUACGCAGAUGCCACAAAAAAUGCGCAACUUGUGCCCGUCGACUAUUGCGUGAAUGCCCUUCUUGCCUCCGCUUGUUUCCGCGCAUCGCAGAAAACGACGCCAAUUUACAAUUUUGUGCCGAAACGACACAACAUGAUCAACUGGGGACAAUUUUGCACCAAUUUAUUCGAUGUCGGUUUGAAGAAUCCGCCUCUACGAACUUUCGGACACAGCGAUUUCAUCUUGACGAACAGAAAAUGGUACGCCAACAUCAUGCAUUUCCUCUAUCACUUGUUGCCUGCGAUGCUUUUGGAUACCGUGCUCAAGGCAGUUGGUCACAAAUUCCGUUUGAUGCGCGUUUAUGACAAAAUUGAAAAGUUAAAUAACGUUUUAGACUAUUUCAUUUUCAAUCCGUUCGAGUUCGAGGACAAACAAACUCAAGGACUGUGGCAUUCGCUGAGCGAAAACGACAAAAAACUCUUCAAAUUCGACAUGAACGACUUCAAUUGGAAAAGUUACCUCUCAAAUGUGUAUUUUGGCAUGCGACAAUUCAUGUUGAAAGAUGAUCCGAGCACGAUUCCCGCUGCGGUGAAGCGUCAACGGAAGAUUGACGCUGGAUGGAGAUGUUUCCUCUGGUUGAUCCGCUUUCUAAUAUUAGCAGCAUUGUACGUGGUGAUCAAAAAAUUCUUUGUUUAGAUUAUUUUUUUUUAUUUUUUGGGUUAAUAGUAUGUAAGACUUUUAAAAUAU